CGAUGGAAGACCGAAAACGCGAGAUUUCUCGUCUUCUCCAGGCAUUGAAGGUGUGGCAGCACGGAGGACGCAUCGGCCGUGUUCUUCGAUCUCACUCCACCGCAAUGCCGCGACGUAGUUUCUUGGACGGCUCUGAUGCUGGGAUUCGUGGACAACGGCCAGGGCGAUCGUGCGAUCGAGCUAUUCGGUGAGAUGAUCCAGCAGCAAUGCCGGCCAGACGCUCAAGCUUUCGUGGCAGCGAUCAAAGCGUGCUCUAGCAUCGCAGAGAAGGGAAAUUCCGGGAGGAACACUGAUAGAGGGAAGCUGCCAGAUCCUCUGGAGGUUGGAAUGGCUCUCCAUUCUCAUGCCGCUAAGAAUGGGCUCGUGAAGAACAACGUGUUCGUCGCCAACGCUCUGGUGGAUAUGUACGCGAGGUGUGGGAGCGUGGCGGAUGCUAGCAGGACCUUUCACGGCAUUGCUCGUCGCGAUGUGGUGGCUUGGACGUCGCUGGUUCUGGGAGUUGCCGAGAGAAAAGACGGUGGCCAGGAAGCUCUACAGAUCUUUUCUCGGAUGAUCGAGUCUGGGGAGUGCGAGCCGGAUGCUCGCAGCUUUGUUGCUGCGCUAAAGGCUGUGGCGAAUCUAGCAGCACUAGAAGAGAACAAAGGUGGCGGGCAGGCUAGAAGCGAGGUGAAUUUUCGGUGCCUGGAGAAAGCAAUGGCGCUUCACUCCGAGGCCGCGAGGAGACGAUGCCUGGAUACAUUCGUGGCCAACACCCUCAUCGACGUCUACGCCAAGUGUGGGAGCUUGGGCUUGGCUCGCAGCGUUUUUGAGAGCUUGUCCCGGACGAGCUCUCAGAAACGCUGGGAGGCAGGGUCGAGCUCCAGGAGCUUGGUGUCCUGGAACGCGAUGAUCCUGGCCUACGCCGAGAACAACGAGCCCGAGAUGGCUCUGCUGCUCUUCACUCACCUGGAUCAUCCUCCCGACGCUCCGACUUUCACCGCGGCUUUCAAGGCCUGCGGGGGGCUGGCGAGAAGAGAAGCUCCCAAGAGCUUGAGCGAUGGUGGUGCUGUGAAAGUCGCGGCACUCGAGAAGACCAUGGCCGUGCAUGCUCGAGCGGUGAAAGAGCGGUGGGACUCGCACGCUUUCAUAGCCAGCAGCGCCAUCGCCGUGUAUGCCGAGUGUGGAGAUAUGGUGGACGCUCGCUGGAGCUUCAAGAAGAUGGCAGUGAAAACUCUGGCCGCGAAGACGGCUCUGCUACAAGGAUACGCCGACAACGGACAGGGAGAGGCUGCUCUCGAGCUCCUCUCGCGCGAGUUCAAGCCGGACGACGACUCGUGCUCUUGCGUCGCCGCUCUCAAGGCUUGCUCGAGCUUGGGAGCUCUAGAGGCCGGGAAAGCCAUCCACGGAGACAUCUCCCGGCGUGGAUUCGACUCCAACGCGGUGGUGGCAACUUCUCUGGUGGAUUUCUACGGGAAGUGCGGGAGCAUGGUGGAUGCCCAGCUGGUUUUCGACUCCACGAGCAGCGAGAACAAGGAUUUCGCAACUUGGAGCUCUCUAGUAGCAGGCUACGGCAGGCAAGGUGCCAGUGAGCGAGUCUAUAGCUUGGUGGACAGGAUCCAGGAAGAACAGGGACAGCAUCCUUGCGAAGUUACGUUCUUGUGCGUCCUCAACGCUUGCAGCCACGCUGGUCACGUCGACAAAGGCAAGAGCUACUUCGCAGCGAUGUCGUCCAAGUAUGGGAUCCCUCCCGGGAUUGAGCACUAUCACUGCAUGGUCGAUCUGCUGGGAAGAGCAAACCGGCUAGACGAGGCUCUCGAGACAAUAACAGCAAUGCCUUGGAGAGCCGACGUGGUUACAUGGACGACGCUGCUGGGAGCGUGCCGGAAAUGGAAGAACUCGCGAGUCGGGAAGAUAGCUUUCGAGGAACUUGUUCGCCUGGACGAGAAGAAAGCCGCGGCAUAUCUCCUCAUGGCGGGCAUCGCCGGGGAAGAGAUGGAGCUCUCGAGAGGAAGUUCUUCGAGAGCUCAAAGCUGGUGGACGGACGAGGAGGGAGUGGUGCACAGGUUCGUGGCCGGAGACUUCCAUAGCCCAGGAAACUCGAGCUUCGUCAAGAAGCUCAAGGAGAUCCCAGGAGCUCCUCCACUCUCGGACGAGCUUUGUGGACACAGCGAAAGGCUGGCUGCGGCGUGUGGAGUCGUGAGGAGCAACGCUCAUCCAGGUAGCGUGAUUCGCAUUGUAAAGACUCACGAGAAUGUUUGCCGCGAGUGUCACAGGAUCAUCGCAGCUCUGUCACUGCUCGAAGCUCGAGUGAUCGAAUGCGUAGAUCCUGCUGGCUUUCACACCUUUGAUAAUGGAAGAAGCACUUUCCAUCGCCAAACUCGCCGAUCACCACGAGCACUCGCUUACAGCGAUCUAAAAGCGGUGCGCUUUUCUCGAGUGAGAGGCAUUUAAGGAGAAAGAAAACCAUCGCUCAUCUUGCAUUGGUUCUCCAUUUUUCCCGAUCAACGAGCGAGCUCUGGACAAAAUCUUUCCUUUUCUUCUUUUUCUUCCUCCUGUCGAGCUCUGCUAAAAAAAAUUCCUAUUCUCCUCCCUUCUCCACCGCCAUUUCUUCAUAAUCCCAGACCAACACUUCUUUUUCUUCUCCUUCCACCUUGAGAAAUCUUCUUCCCAUUCCAUGCUUACUGUUAUUCCUUCCUGUCUUUAAAAUCACCGAGGGGCUAGUCCCAAG